GGCGUUUCGGUGGGGGCGGGGGGAGAUGAGCGUACUGCUCCCCAAUAUGGCAGACUUCGACACUAUCUAUGAGCUGGAGGAGGAGGAGGAGGAGUCCGAGCCGGUGGUGAGGAGCCAGGAGCUGCCCCGGCCCCGAGACGCGCCAGACCCCGUGGCGGUACGGGGCGCCGGGCACAUCACCGUGUUUGGCUUGAGCAACAAGUUUGACACAGAAUUUCCCUCUGUCCUGACAGGAAAGGUUGCUCCAGAAGAAUUUAAGACUAGUAUCAGCCGUGUGAAUGCGUGUUUAAAGAAGAAUCUCCCUGUCAAUGUAAAAUGGCUGCUUUGUGGCUGUCUGUGCUGCUGCUGCACCCUGGGUUGCAGCCUGUGGCCUGUUAUCUGUCUUAAUAAAAGAACUAGAAGAUCAAUUCAGAAGUUGCUAGAAUGGGAAAAUAACAGACUAUAUCAUAAGCUUGGUUUGCACUGGAAGCUGAGUAAAAGGAAAUGUGAAACUAGCAAUAUGAUGGAAUAUGUAAUACUAAUAGAAUUCUUACCAAAAUAUCCCAUAUUUCGACCUGACUGAGGAACAGUAUUCAGUCUUUCAUGUUACCUGCCAUUUCCUACUCUUAGUGCCUUGUAGCUGAUUUUGAAAAGAAGAUGGUCUACUUUGCUGUGACUUAAAAAUGUUAUUUGGUAGAAUAUCUUCCUUGCUAUGUUAUUUUCUUUUGUUUAAGAAGAAAACAAUUUGCACAAUUUUUAUGUUAAAUGAGGCUUCUAUGUUGCACUCUGAAUUUUUAACGUUAACAAUAACAGAUAUAGUUGCCACUAAGGAUCUAACAUCAGUGCUGCUUAAAACUUGUUCUGAGCAUGCUGCCUUAUUAAUUUCCAUACUCACUGUUUCCCACAUGUACAUCCUAACGCUGUAUCAUAUUGUAUUUCAUUCUAAAAUCACAUUUCUAUAAAUCCUCAAUAGAAACAUCCAAGUAAGCUUCCAGUAGUUAGCAAUGAUUUUACUAUAACUUGCUUGCAUAGGACUUGCAAUUAACAGCACUGGUUUUGUCCCGCACUUUGCAAAAUCAUCACUUACAUUAGAGGGUUAAUUAUUUUACCCACUGUGGAUUUGUAAAUAGUGCCUCGUUGCAUAAUGUAAAGUGUGGUAUGUCAAGGUUUACAGAAUGUAAUAUAGCUCUGAUUGUAUUGCCAACAGUUCUACGUAGAUUUAUUAAUGACAUUUAUUAGCAUCCUGAUUGUAUGGACCCAUUCAUAUGCCAUAUUUAUGGUAAAGCCAUAAUGAGUUUGUACAUACUAUCAGAUGUAGGGCUCAGAUGCACUUUGUUAGUAAAUGGAUGAAAAAUGCACAGCAUUUCUGUGUUUCUUCAGAGAGUUUUCAGGUGUCUUGGUUAGUACCUGAAAUAAGGAAUCUUAAGUAUUCUCAACUUUUGGAAAAAUUGUAUUUGUGGAGUAGACUGCAACUAAUAUAUAAUCAGACUAUCCUAAAAGCCUAUUUUUAAGACACAAAUAUAUGAAAGUCAGGAAAAAACGCGUUUUUUAAAAAAAAAGCAAAGAAGCAAAUUUCAAGUAAUUGGACCAAAUUGUUAUAACUAAAGCCAACUACUUGGGACAGGUAAAUCAAUACAGAAGAAACAUUAAACUUAUUAUUUUUAUAGCACAGUGGUACCUGAUAUUAUUUUUUACAUAUUAAGUAGUUAACUAAAACUGCACCCUUUCCAGAAUGAAAAAGGAGCAGCAUACAUAGUGUCAAACAGAAUAACAGAGAACCACAAAACAGCCGUUUGAUGUGAGCCAUGAUGAGUUGAUAUUUGCCUCAAGGAGCUUUAUCCUAACUUAGUGUCCAGGCAUUGCGUUACAGUUAUUUGGAUUCUUUGUGAUGCAGUUUGGUGCCUAAGUUUUCCAGUUCCAGAUUGAUUUUAGACUUUCCUCUGAAAUAUUAAUCCACACCGAAAAGGGAGGGUACAAACCCUGGUUGGAUUUGAAGAAAGCAUUUGUUAAACCAUUGAAUUUAAAUAGCUGCAGUUGACAUGACUUCUAGCAGACUGUUUCACAGGCAUGUAGUCUUGUUGAGUCAAAUUCUUCAUCCUUUUUGUUGCUCAGCUGCGGAACAAGAAACUCCUGUACUUGGGAUGUAAUUUCCAACCACAGCUGCCAAGAAUGAUGCUUCAAGCUGAGAAAUUUGAAUGCUGAAAUGGAUUGUCAGCUUAGUAGACAGGUUUCAGUUCACGUUAGUAGAUCAGUGUCAGCUAACUAACUGCAUUUUAAAACACUGGAAUGUAAGUACUUUAAAAAAAUCUACUUUAAAAAAAUCUACAAUAAUAUCUGACUAUAAACUUAGCUGAAACUUUUUUAUUACAGAACUACAAAAAGCAUACUUAGACACAUUUCAACAUAAUAUGGCACUAAGGGUGGGAAGCAGAGGGAAUGCUUAAAGACUCGGAGAAAAUAGAGUGCAAAACAGAAUUGGAAUAGCAUGCUUAAUUUUAUAUUCAUUUCUGUUAAAACAGGAUUCUGGGCAGAAAGUGUUGCUAAUAAAAGAAUAAUUGUAAGCAUUUUUAAUACCUUAAAAUCUUAAGUAAUAGAAGCUUCUUACUGUUAUGCUAGAGGUUGUUAAUAAUUAUUCCCUCUCAUUUUUGUUAACCAACAAACCAGAAAGCACAUCACGCUCUUUAUUUCCUUCCCUCGUUUGAGUGACUAUAUUUUCAGAAUGUUCCUCUGCAGCUGAGGGGACAAGAAAGCCAAUGAGAGUUUGAUGUCAUGAGUAGUAGUGAAUACUCUUUAGUCUCAUAGUUAUUAGCAGUCCUUCCCCUUAAACCCAAGUCUGUGUCUGACCUUAGGAUAUGCAGGUUAGAAUUGUUCCAUCUGAUUUAUAACACAUUUUUGUGAAACGCUGUGCCAGGCUGAGAGAAAAUACCAUCAGCUCUCCCCAGUUAGACAGUAUGUUCAAUGGGUCAUUAAUUUAGAAGACUUGCACUUGUAUCUGUAUGAAAAUGACACGUUUAGGAACAUGAAUUCUAUAGGGGUUGUUUGUUUUUUGGAAAUGUCAGAUUACAAAUUGUUUAAUCUUCACCCCCAUUAAUAUUUAGUUCAAAAAUGGGCACCUAAAUUUUGCCCAGUUAUGAGGCAAUACUAGCAAAUAUCCUGGAGCAUGAGAGCCAAGACAGCUGAUUACAGCAAACUUCAUCUGAAUAAAGAGGUAAUUUUGGAUUGUGUUACAAAUGCCAGCAUUCAAAUGACAUAGAUCAUUUUUUUCAUUUAAAGAUAAAGGCAGCCACAGGGGUUGCUUUAGAUUGUGGGCUGCAUUCUGCCGACAGGUUCUAUUUUGACUACCAUUUGCUUUAAUACAUGAAUAUUCAUCUGAUAGUUUUCAGUCUUUUAAAAUCUGUAUUACCUUAAAAGCUAUAAGUAAAUAUGAAUUUUGUAAAAACCUAUCCAUGAUGAGUAAUUAUGAAUCAGAGAGGGUCCAUAGCGAUACAACAAAGAGUAGCGGUAACAAAGUUUAAUGCAAAUGGAAAGGAAAGUGCCUUGACUGGUUCAAAUGAAAGAGAAAAUGCUGGGCAGAGGGGGAGAAAAGGGAACCAGUUUAAGUGAAUAUCUGUAAACGUAAUUUGCCACAAAUUUCCUGAAAAGCACGUCUGGAAACAUUGUUUAGUUUAAGUUUUGUCAGAAUACUUUGAUCGUUGUUUUCUUUUCCAGACUUCUGUAUUAGGAAAUGUCACAGUAUUAUAGAAUAUUGGCAGAGAAGGAAAACUCUGAUAUACUGGCUUUAAAAUGACUCUCUUGAGAGUAGUUUCAUGCUGGCCUAAAGAAAUAUAAAUGUAUAUGAACAUGUGUAGAAAGUUUAGAUUUGAUUAUGUAUGAGACUAGAAACAAAAUACAUUUUUGCUAAAUUUAGUGUAGUCUUGAUAAAGUUCACAUGCUCAUCUUGAUAAGUACAGAAAUCUGUAUGCAAAAACAUGAAUAUGCGUGUAUUAGUGUCUCCUGACAUCUGUUUACUGCAUUUAUCUAUAAACAUUAGCGUUUGAGCAAUAACAAUGUCAAACAGUUAAUAUUCAAUGUAAAUAGUUCUGACCAUUUUAGUAAACAAUGUUGUCUGAUAUUCCUGUUCUGCAAUCUUUGUUUUUGUUGUUUUGUUUUUGGUGUUUUUAUGAAAGUGUAACAUUAUUUGUAACUCAUCAGAAAUCUGUUUUUGUUUAAGUUGUAUGAAAGGAUUUUUAAUUGAGUCCUUAACAUUUUUAUUCUGUUUACAAGUAAAUAGCCACUUUUUUUAAUAGGACCUCAUACCUUGAAGUUUUUUGAAUAAAAUCCUAAAUAAGCUUUGUCUUUACAAUUUACUGCAUUGACCUGUGCCAUUAAAGAAGCUGGAAGUCAAA